AGAUAACAGCGAUGAAUACCUCAGUUAAACAAUGAUCACUUUCAACGGAAAAGCCAUUUGUUGUAUUAGGAGAUACUUUUAUCUCGAGAGGAAAAAUCUAGAAUGAUAAUUCAAUUAGAAAAUAGAAUCUCACUUCUCACGAGACUUGCUGGUACAUACUUUUCAGCACUAAUCCAAUUGGGAAAAGGGAGCAUAUCAAAAUCAAAUUUGCAUAAAAACAUAAUUAUCUUCGAUGUCAUUAUCAGCUUCUGUCGAGCUUUCGACGGAUAUAUUCUGUUAAUCAGUAUUUUGAAAUAAUGAGUUUAAUAAAUAGGACAACAUCUAUGUUGAAAAUUAACAUGAUUUCGAGGAGUGUCUCCAAUCGUAGCAAUUUAUGUUUUGCCAAUAAAAAUAUGCCUUGGAAAGUUAUUACUGUUAUAGCAAAAAUGGAAAAUAGUUUGAUGAUCAUAUGUUUUAAUUGGGAGGAUUUACUUUUUAACAAUCUUAAAAUGAUUUCGCUUGUCGGAACCAUUGUUGUAUGCUGAAAGUAGAUGCUGACGACGCGGAAACCACCGUCACCAGUACUGCAGGGAGUCGAGACGACUUGAACACCGUAUCGUCCGGUGGUAUUGAAACAAAAUGGAAGAGGAAAAAGUACUUUUUUUCCAUCAACGCCAUAUUGUUCGUCGAAUUCUUCGCGAUUACGUGCAUAAUAGUUCUCUGUCUGUUUCAAGAGAACCUAUGUACGAUUUUAAACAGUCAUAGUUGGAUACCGUACUUAACGUUGACGUGUUACCUUUGCCUCAUUACAAUAUUGACGUUUUUCAACAAGCUCAUAGCGUUGUAUCCGUUGAAUCUGUUCGCGCUGAUCCUGAUGACGUUUUUGUACGGUAGUUUCUUGGGGUCGAUCGCCGUGCAGUUCAACACGUUGUCCGUCGCCGUCAUAACGUCGAGCACGUCGUUGGUGCUGGGACUCUUGUCGCUCCUGGCACUGGUCAUACCUUGCGACGUCACGCACUGGAUCUUCCUCGUCGUCGUACCCAUCCUGACCCUGGUGGUCGUACCGUCGAUGGCCUAUAUCGCUCAUGGGUUCCGGGUCUUCGAGCCCUUCCAGCUGGUCGUCUCCGGGCUGUUGACCAUGGUUUUACUCACUUUGCUCGUCUUCUCGAUGCAGUCGCUCAUCAAGGGGGAGAUGGGCCAAGUGCACUCAAACGAACGGAUCCGCGGGGUCCUACAACUCUACACACAUCGGUUAGGGAUCUUGGUACAAACUUUGAUCACGGUUACCCAAAUGUUUAUAUGUUGGGGAGAUCCACGUGAUAUUUAACACACCCAACCUCUCAUAUGAUUUUAUUUUACCACUACAGAACUACAAAUAUACAAUUUUAUUUUUUUUAAAUCCACUUUACGUAUUUGUUGCCUCCAACCGGAUAUCAUGUUAAUUAAGAUUAAGUUAAUUUCUUCAAGAUUUUUUAACGAUUAAUAGUGGCAAACGUGAUGACUAUAACCGAACAGCUUGACAUGCAAAGGAAUUUUUGAGGCUGCCGGAGCGGAAAAAUGAAAUAGAA